GAAGAACAAGUGGCCUUCAUAAAGGAAACUACUCACAAGGUUGCUGAAAACCCUUCGACAGCCCACGACCGGUUUCGUCCUUCUUGGGACUCAUCAGGUAGGCGCAGUCCCCGAGUUUCCGUCAACCUUAUGUUCUAUUUGAACCCCAAUUGGACUGUUUUCGAGAAAUACACUCAUCUACAAAUCAAUUUGGUUUUCACGAGACACUCAACUGAAUCUCUCGUGGUCUCCAGUCGUAGUUUGGGUGCGCUGUUUGGUUGUUGGUCUGUUCGCCGAGCUUUACAGUUAGAUUGCAAACGUUUCAUCACCAACCGAGGUGACAUCGUCAGUGCAGGGUUGAGUGGCGCUGACGAGUGGUGCACUGACGAUGUCAACUCGAUUGGUGAUGAAACGCAUGCAAUCCAACUGCCAAGCUCGGCGAACAGACCAACAACCAAUCCCCGCCCUGCGCGGUCCCCGAGUUUCCGUCAACUAUAUGUCUUAAUUGGAACCAAAUUGCAUGAAAUUAGCGAAAUACACUCAUUCGCAAUCAAAUUACGUUUUGCGAGAGACUCACCUGGAACCCAGCUGAAUCUCUCGCAACUGAAUGUGCUGCACCAGGCCGCCUCAUGUUUCAGUCAGUACGAUAUUCGAGAUAUCGCGAUACAUGUAUAUCUUUGUAAUGUACUACUCAUAAGGUUGCUGAAAAUCCGCCAACAGCCCACGGCCAGUUUCGUCCUCUUUGGGGCUCAUCAGGUAGGCGCAGUACCCGGAUUUCCGUCAACCUUAUGUUCUAAC